UCCCAUUGGGAUUGCUGAAGAAGGGGAGAGGCCAAAGGGCGGGUGAUUGGCAAUCUAGUAAACUCACAUUCUCACUCUUGAAAGUAGCUCACUCUCACCGCCGGCCUACGAGUGCUCUUAGAUCAUGAACUUGUCAUGGAUCUCCUCGUCAUUCAUCGAAGCCGGUGCUGUAGCCACAAUCAAUCAAGGUCGAGGCCGAAGUCAGAAUGCGCAAGAUUGGUCGACACUAAGGCUGAUUGGGCCGACUUCUUGGUGUUUCCUCAUCCUCUCCGGCCGAACCUACGCCCACUUCCUUGCCCAUGCUCACAGGCUCACAGGCUAGGUACAGCUCACCCCGGUGCGUCUCCCACCACAUGUCCCCAGCCCCCCGAUUUUCUCCCACUGGCUCAAUCUCAAUCGUCGGCACCGCGGCCACCGCAGGCAGUUUCCCUGCCUCUCCGAGCUUCCCUGCCACGGCUGAUCGGUCACUGGUCAAUCCCACAGGUGAGGCGAGCAGUUCCAAUCUCUCAUCUCCCAUCUCCCGUCGUGGCCGCUGCCACCGCGGCGCCGCCUUCGUCUGGUCGCACAUUGUCUGGCCCAUCCUCCCGUCACUCCGUCCCAAUUGGCACCCAAUGCCCGAUAUGUCAGCUCAUGCCCGGCAGAGUCUCUUUGGGGUCUUGGGCAGGUCAUGUUCCCCUAAAUCUCAAUGAGCAGACGGGAUGUUCCUGGACCGGGUCGCGCGUGGCCGUCGAUAACCAGGCGGCCUAGGCUGCACAUCCCGCGAUCCCAUGCGCGCAAUGGCAAUGAUGUUCAGCGGGGAGAGCCAUGCACCGGUCAGACUUAAGAAGGCGCCGUUAAGGCACCCCGAGGGCCCAAUCCUGAAAGCUGCAGCCAUGUUCCACGCCGGCGCUGCAAUAGGCGACAGCUCAACGCUCCACACGGCGCACAUCUCAAUGUACCUGGCCGGCUCUGGCGUUGGAUGGCAGAGCCAAGGCGUCAGACCAGUUACCUCGAGACGGGGAACAACCUGCAAAGAGCUGUAAAAGCCUGCAAAUAUCUGCACGUCGUGGAUUGAU